UUUUAUAUCAAAAUCACAAUAAAAGCAAUCUCAACUAACUCCUGCUUUGGCUAUAUUGAGAAAUUAAAUCUGUUUUUAUCUCUAUGUAUUUGUAAUGUAAGGCUUCACUUUCUAAAUAUCUUCUUCUGCUCUCCUUUCUAAUUAGAGCAACAUAGCAGCAGCAUAAUUUUGUGAAGUAGUUUGCAACAAUAAUAAUAUUGAUGAAAAACGUGGAGAAGCAUAUGCAAUUAUCAGCAGCCUGUUUGGCUGUAAUUAUAGUGAUGACAGGUUUGUACAGUCAAUCUUUAAGGAAAAUGGUGGUAACUUACUUUGUUGGUAUGUUAGGGAUCAUUGCUGUGCUUUUACCUGACUGGGAGUCUUUUGAUCUGAGUGUUUCACACUGGUGCAACCCUCUGAAGGUAGAUGAAUUCACUGAUGAGUCUUGCAGACCGUUCAGGUUUAAAUUCUAUCCAGUGAGAAUGACCAUCUUCACCAUUGUUUAUGGAUUUGGCCUCUACAAGUGGUGGACGUUUGUAUCCGCUGAAUAAAUGAAUACUUUCUUUUGCUUUAUAAGUAUUUGGCAGAUUUUUUUUUUUUUUCCUUUUGUGAUUGUGAUUUUAGCAUCUUUAAAUUUAGGGACUGCAAAUAAAAAUUAACUGAGGGAUUUUCCCUUAGUAGUGUAUAUAUCCACGGAUCAAGUAAUUUUGAAUUAAAUAAAUAAUAUUUGUGGUUUUUUUGGAUGUAA